AUGAAAGCGAAAAGUGUGGUGUUGCUGGUACUGAUGGCGCUCGCCCAUGGAACUCCAGUUGAUCGGGACGAGAUCGGAGGUCCAAUGGCGAUGAGGGGAUUCAACAACAGCCUGGGCACCUUCGUGGAGCACACCGGUCAGGCAUUCCUAGCAACUAGAGACUGGAAAUUCUGUGCCAGCUUCAACUUGGAGUCGCUUUAUCCGGCCGUAAAAUUAUUCAAAAAGUUAUACAAGUCUCUUGUCGAUAUCUGCGAAAGGAACAUGCAUCUUUGUCCGGAUAUUCAGGAUAUAACAGAGUUUGCGGAUAGUAUUCUUGACACGAAUAACCAGCUGGACUUUAAGGUCGGACGACUUUCUUUAGAGGAAGAGAACGUGGCUAGCAAGAUUGGGAACUCAUCCUCCUGCAUUGACAGCUCCAUUAACGUUAUAAACGCAGGUCUUCAGGAACUCGAUAUUGACUUUCAAGUCGUAGACCAGAAUAAGCAUUAUCUAUACCUUCUGGGCAGCAUACUAAAAAGUUCCCAGAAUGCCAUAACUGAAGCCCUAUUCUCCGCCCACCAGCGGAAACUUAGUCCUCUUGUCCUUUCAAUCAAUCAGCUGCAAGCAAUGAUUUCACGGAGUGGACGGCUGUCCCUCGAGAAAUUCUCAAUCCGGGAUAUCUACCUCCUCGCCUCCGUAGUUCCGGUGCAGUGGGGCAACCACGUGGUGUUCCUAAUCACAGUGCCCUUGAUCGAUGCGGAGAUUUUUAAUAUCUACCGAUUGACACCCAUUCCACGGUUGAAUAAUGACGAAAUCCAACUGGUGGACACGGAAACGCCCUAUCUGGGUGUCAACGAUCACCUGGACAGGUAUUUCCCACUUCAGAACUUGGACGACUGCAUCGAGUUGAGCGAAGAGAGGUUCGUCUGCAUCGUCUACAUUACCUACCGAACUGGGGAUGACAGUUGUGCCUGCUCCCUGGCGGCCAUACGGAACCAGUCUUCCGGAGCCUGCACCUUCCGUCCAGUGGCGGAGAAGAGUCUGUGGACACCCAUGGUGGCACCGAACUCCUGGAUGGUGGCCCUUACCAAGGAGCUAACCUUAACAGGAGUAUGCUCUGGCGAGAGACAGGAGCUCAGAAUAAACGGCAGUGGAAUCCUGAGCAUUCAAAGCGACUGUGUGGUGCGCAGUCCAACUGUCACCCUCCAAGGAGAAACCCAGAAGAGAAUUCCUUCGAGAAAAGGUUAUGCUUCGCUGCAGAUGACCGCCAAAUCCUCCCGGGAAUUAGUGACCAUGGAAUCGUUUAAUCGACUACUGGCGAUUGUGGGCCAGCUGGAGUUGAAUCAGAAAAAACUGGAAGCAGUCGGAGAUUAUCCAAUGGUGGUCUUCGCUGUGUGCCCAGUCAUAUUGCUGAUCGCCCUUCUCGUUUCGGCUACCUGGUUAUAUCGCACUCAUCGGAGAAAACAGGCCCAACAGCCAGUCAACGAAGUCAAUGGCCUCCAGGGUUCACAGAAUGGCACCACAACCUGCAAUCUUCCCCUGCUGGAAAAACAGGAAGUGUAG